UUCCGGUCUUUGUAGUUUCACUCUUUGGGCUGCGGUUGUCAAGGACUCAGAGGUGAUGUGAUCUGGGCUAGGUGGCAUCUCCUCUAACGGAUGCCUCGAUCCCAGGGUUAUCAGAAGAAAAGAUCAAGGGGGAAUGAUCAAGAAUAGAUUUUUUUUCUGACUAGUUUAACCUUAUAUGGCUACAACCUUAGCCCUUCAGACUGCAGAGAUGCAGGAGGGAUUUCUGGCAGUGAAGGUAAAGGAGGAAGAGGAAGACCAUGCCUGUGGACCAGAAUCAGGCCUGUCAAAAAAUAACCCCCAUGCCAGAGAGAUCUUUCGUAGACGCUUCAGGCAGUUCUGCUAUCAGGAGACCCCUGGGCCCCGAGAGGCUCUUCGAAGACUCCAGGAGCUCUGCCAUCAGUGGCUGAGACCAGAGAUGCACACCAAGGAGCAGAUCCUGGAGCUGCUGGUGCUAGAGCAAUUCCUGACCAUCCUGCCUGAAGAGCUUCAGGCCUGGGUGAGAGAGCAUCACCCUGUGAGUGGAGAGGAGGCAGUGACUGUGCUGGAGGAUUUAGAGCGAGAACUGGAUGAUCCAGGAGAGCAGGUCCUGAUCCAUGCUCAUGAACAGGAAGAGUUUGCAAAGAAGAAGGCAACUCUAGGAGCAGCUCAGGAAUCGUCAAGUGGCCAGUUCCAAACCUUGGAAGAGCAGUUUCAGUGUAAUUUGCAAGAAAUGUGCCCGGUUCAGGAGAUUGAUGGCGAGGCUAGGACUUGGAAUGGGGAGUUAGCCCCCAAGAGCGAGCUUUCUAAGGAAAUGAAAUCUCUUAGACAAGUUUCUGGAAAACUGAAUGGUGAUAUUACUCAGAUGCCUGAAUGUGGAGACACCUGUGACCUUGAAGGCAGAUUGGAAAAACACCGGGUAAGCUCUUCAGUGGAGAGACCCUAUAUCUGUGGUCAAUGUGGAAAAAGCUUCACCCAGAAUUCCAUUCUUAUUGAGCACCAAAGAACACACACAGGUGAGAAGCCCUAUGAAUGUGAUGAGUGUGGGCGGGCCUUCAGCCAGCGAUCAGGCCUAUUCCAACACCAGAGACUCCACACUGGGGAGAAGCGCUACCAGUGUAGUGUUUGUGGCAAAGCCUUUAGCCAGAAUGCUGGGCUUUUCCAUCACCUCAGAAUUCACACUGGGGAGAAACCUUUCCAGUGCAGUCAGUGCAGUAAGAGUUUUAGUCGACGUUCUGUCCUCAUUAAGCAUCAGAGAAUUCACACUGGAGAGAGGCCUUAUGAAUGUGAAGAAUGUGGCAAGAACUUCAUUUACCAUUGCAACCUCAUCCAGCAUCGGAAAGUUCACCCUGUGGCUGAAUCAAGUUAGCUCCUUGG